AGGUGGCGCCCUCGAAGGCGAGGCCUAGGCGGUCUGUGGGUGGCGGUUGCUGCUGCCGCCGCCAACCUCCUCUCUUCUUCCCCCUUCCCUCUCCCGCUGGGCAGGGCGAGGAGCCCCACACCGAGGGAGACCGGCGCUCUCCCCCCGCCCCUCCUCCGCGCUCUUUCUCCCUUCAGCCCUUCUGUUCCUUUGCUCCGGAAGGAGUUGCCCGCUUGGCCUAGGAAGUUGUCCUGGGCAGAGUCCGGCCCAGAGCGAGGCCUGUGGCUGCCGCUCUCGGGAAACGGCAGCUCUCGGGGUUGGAGACCAGGCAGCGAAGGACUCCUCCGGGCUGCUCCCUUCGGCCACCCGGAGGUGCCUUGGCCUCAUGAAGAAGGUAAGCGCCGAAAUCUGCCUUGGCGGCGGCAGCUCUCCCCCCCCCCCAUUGCCCCGGGCCGGGCGCCUCCAUUGCGGGGAGCUCCCUCCGCUUUCUCCGCUCGCUUCCUCGGCCUGGCUUGGCGGGCUGAGGGGGCCGCUUUCUUUUUUCGGCGGCGGGGGGCGGCAGAAUGGGAAGGCGGGCUGUGUGUGUGUGUCUCUUUCCUCCUCCCCCCCCCCAAAAAACCCGCCCAUUCCCCCUCAGUUGUUAGGAGGAGAACCCGAGGGAGAGAAGCGGGAAGGCGGCGGCGCUUCUUGCAGACACCGGGACAAGGCUCGGGAGAGGGGGCAGAGGGGUGGGAAGGGCGGCGGGUGCCUGAGGGAGGGAGGGAGUGUGUGUGUGUGAGUGAGAGAGAGAGAGAAAGUGCUUGGUGUGCAGAACGUGAAGCGCUUCUGGUGGGGUGAGUAAGUGGCGGCGGCGGACUGGUGUAAACAGUCUGCCGCCCUGACUGCGGUUUAAGGCUGGGCACCUCCCGGGGCUCGGAUGGUCCUGUAAUCACACGGGGUGAUUUGCCUUGGAGGCUGCGACCGUCGAGGUGUGCUGACGCCAAGCGUUUCUUUCCCAGGUGUAGGUCUCAGGGGUCAGCUAGCUUCUUUCUCCUGGUUUUUUGGUUAAGAGGCACUUUGUUCCUGGAUCCUAUUUAGCUGGGGUGGAGAAUAACCUCCAUAGACCAUUCGCUUCUUCCCGUUUGUCCGUGGGUAAAGUUGCUUAUGUGUGUUCUGGCUGUAGAAAAGCAGUGAGUGUAUGUAUAUUGUUUUCACCUGGAAGAAAAUCUUCACCUGCCUUUUCAUGGCAAAACUUACGCAGAAGUAGAACUGCAUUCUUCCAGAAUGUUGUCACUUGCAUAAAAUAUAGCAAUGCCUUCACAUUUUAGCUAGUUACCAUCUAGAGAUUUUGGUGUGUGUGUGGCCCCCCCCCGCCCCCCUUUGUGCAUGAAAAACUUAUGGGACGAAAUGAAUACCAAUUGAAUCUGAAUUUUCUUUUGAGAAUAUAGGCCUUUUUUCCAUCUCAGCUAAUGUAUAGUGUUAGGAGAAGAACAUGGAUUUAGGGAAGCAGAUUUAAGUGCCCAUACAAAGACUUCAUUCUGAAAACCAAAAGGAGAUGAGGACAAAAAAUGAUCCCUGGUGUUGGCAGUAUUUUGUUCUGCGCCAGCAAAUAGAAAGUAUUAUGAUAAAAAAUGUGUCCCAUAGAAUUUUGUAUAACAACUGAUACAGGGAAGCAUACUUAAGUGCUUUUUUUUUUUGGCACCACACACAUGAACAUGUUUGGGGACACACUGAGAUACAGUUGGGGUAGAAUUUAUUUAUUUAUUUAUUUAUUUUUGCUUGGAAGAAUGCAAUAACAAUUCAGUAGAGCCAUGCAAUACUGAACAUUGGAAUGACGGGUACAAGUUAAACUCUUUCUUAUAUUUGAAAUAUAAAUUUAAUCUUUAAUCACAUCAGUGUUAGUUGAGUCCCCUUUGGGGAUGUGAUAGGUGUGUCCCAUGCCUACGAUGACAGCUUGCCUUCUGUCAUGGACAGGGAGGAUCUUGGGGAAGACAGGUGUCUCUUUGAGGAAGCUACUUAUCUGCAGUUGGGGGAAAGAUCCUGGUAGUGGGUGACCAUCAUUGGGAACAUAGAUCAGGCAUCCCCAACCUGCGGCUCCCAGAUGUUUUGGCCUACAACUCCCAUGAUCCCUAGCUAACAGGACCAGUGGUCAGGGAUGAUGGAAAUUGUAGUCCAAAACAUCUGGAGGGCUGAAGGUUGGGGAUGCCUGACAUAGAUGCUGGGUUUGUGGUAGAGGUGCAGACAACAGGGUGACUUGCCUGUCUCGAAUGAAGGUUGCAGAUGAUGUCUGUUGCCUAGGUAGUCUGGUAGAUAGGAUUUGGGGGAGGGUCAGUUGUCAUGGUGCAUGUUGGCACCAGUGACAUGGAGAAAUGUGGUUGAGAGUUCCUGGAAAUAAAAUUUAGAUUGCUAGGUAGGGUGUUGAAAGCCAGGAGUUUCGAAGUAGAUUUUUGUGAAAUGCUGCUGAUUCCAUGUGCAGGGCCAACUAGACAGGCACAACGAUUGACAAGUAUUGUGUGAUGUGCUUGGUCACAUAUGCAGAGUCUGUCGUCAUAUGAAACCUUAUUGUAGCGGCCAUCUGAGCACCAUAAAGGCAUUUCUUAAGGCAGCAGGCACAAGUUCAAUUGUGGUCAAAUAUCAUGCUCUUAAACACUAAAUAGCAGGAUACCAUCUAUGGAGAUGGUUCAAUCUUUUAAUGAGAAAGGAUUCAAAGGUGUGCUAAAGGAAGAUAAGGAAGUUGUGGAGAAGCUGAAUGAAUUUUAUUUUCAUCUUGUCUUCACAGCAUAAGAUAGUUUGGCAGGUCCCUGUAACAGAAAGGGAGUCUGAGGAACAGUGGCAAAUAGCAGUGCAAUGAGACAAAGUUCUUAUUGACAAAAAUAAAAACUUCCAAAUCACUGGGUCUGGAUGGCAUCCACCUGUAAGUUCUUAAAGAACUCAAAUGUUCUCAACCUUGGGAUUGUAGUGGAUGGCUGGAUGCAGAUGUAUGUGAACUUAAUGAGCAGUAGCUGUGGAAAGUGCAAAUUCCAUGCUAGGGUUCAUUAGGAAGGGCAUUGAAAAUUGAUAACAUAAUGCCAUUAUACAUAUCUUUGGUGUGGUCACUCUUUGCAUACUGUGUACAGAUCUGAUUGCCUCACCUCGGAAAGCUAUAACAGAGCUGGAAAAGGUUCAGAAGAGGGCAGCCAAAAUGAUCCCGGGGUUGGAGCAACUCCCAUAUGAGGAUAGGUUACAAUAUUUCUGGAAUUUUAGUUUAGAAAAAAGAUAAGUCAGAGGGGACAUGAUAGACAUUUAAUUGCAGGGGGUUAGACAAAAUACCCUCGAGGUCUCUUCCAACUCUACAACUCUCUGAUUCUAUGAAAAUCAUGCAUUGUGUGGAGAAAAGUAGUCAGAGAAAAUAUUAGAACUCAUGGAGAUCCAAUGAAGAUUCAGGUUGGUAGAUUCAGGACAGACAAAAGAAAGUACUUCUUCACACAGUGCUUAGUCAAACUAUGGAAUUUGCUUCCACAAAAGGAUACUGAUGGCCACCAACUUGGAUGGCUUUGAAAGAGGAUUAGAUUAAUACAUGGAGGAUAAGGCUAUCAGUGGCUGUUAGCCAUGAUGGCUAUGUUCUGCCGCCACUGUUAUAGGCAAUGUGCCCCAGAAUGCCAGUUCCUGGGAAUUGCUAGUGAAAAAAGUGCUGUUGAGCUCAGAUUCUACUUGCAGGUGUCCCAUGGGCAAUUGGUUGGCCAGUCUGAGGACAGGAUGCUGGGCUAGGGCCUUUGGUCUGAUCCUGUAGGACUCUUGUGUUCUUAUGUACAGAGGGUACAGAAAGCACCCAUGUUCCUUAACUGUUGAACUCUUAUUUCUAAAGUAACUUGAUCUUAUUUUUAAUUAACUGCCUGUGUUACUUAAAUACGCACUUUUUCUAAAGUUGAUUAAAAAAAAUUCAGGUUGGUUACAAUUUUUUAAAGUAAGUUUUUCAGAUGACUUCUGUUUCGAGAAUGACAGCGUUAUUAUUAUUAUUUUUUUUAAAAAGGCAAGGCCAGGGGUGUGGCAUAAUCUAAGUGAUAAUCACUAAAAUCUUGGAAUGCUGAAUGAACAUCUGGCAGUGUACAACUUGUACAACCAGGUCAAUGCAAGUUUAUGCUGAUACACAUUACACACCUGUAGAAAGGUUAUUUUCAUAUGUAAUAUGAUUAACUAAUCAAAGAGGUAAGAGCUUGUAAAUUGUUUGUGUUGAAGGCUAAUCCAAUGUUAAUGUAGUCUUCAGUUUCCUAAGUUGGACUCAAUUAGCUUUUUAAAUAUGUAUUAUUUGUUUUUAGUUGUUGUAAAGGUAUAAAUAUACUCAUGUGCAUUUGGAAUUACAUGUUUACAUUAAUAAAAAUUAAUAAAUGAUAGCAUGGGGAAAAUAACAUGAUCAAUAUAUAUUUGUGUUUUAAAUUUUUAUCAUUUAAAGCAAUUUUACUUCAUAGUCAAUAUAAUAUUUUAUGUAGAUAAUUUCAAUUAAAAAUGUGUGUCUUGCCUAGCUCUGUUGCUGGGAAAGUCUUUGCCCUGAACUUGACACAACCAAUUGGGUUGCAUCCAGUGCAGCAUUUGGUAAAGGAUGCUAGCAUAAGGGGAAUUCCCCAUCUCCUGUCCCUCCUUCAACCCCUUCACCCAUCAGAAGCUUCUCCUGAGGGUCGGUGGAUCUUCAGUUAAGACCUAGGAUGUGGUGUAGGGUAUCUCCACCAUAUUGUCCUCGUUCAUCCUCCCUGCUUCAGCCCUCUGUGCCAUCAUCCCAGUCUUUUCUUGGGAAUGCCCCAACAUUUGAUAGGUGCUUUUCAAUGGAUUGCAGUGGAGGUGCAGUGAUGGAUUCCCUUUGUGUGAGCUUCGUUGAGUCAGUGUUGCAUUGGAUACAAUCCUGUUUUUCCUGGGUGGAGCUUAAACCCUUGUUCCAGGGAGCUAUGAGGGUGCUGUGUUGUAUUUAUUAUUCCUUCCCUUUAAGUGUCAUAAAUUAGUACUUGUGAGAAGGGUAACUCCAUUUGAGCUCCUAUCUUUUGGGCUGCCUGGGAACUUGCAGUAGCAGGAUCUAUGCUUUCUGUGUGCUGUUGGUGCUAUGGCGUCAUAUUGCGUUUGGUGGUGCAGGGUGUGUAUUCCUCAUUGUGAGUUCAUUGGUUGCCUUUAUGGGUGGCAUGUUGGUGUUGUCAGCAGAGUCCCUGAGUGGUGGAUGCUGUUUACAGGAACUCUGCAUCUUUAAGGUUUUCUUCCCCUGGUUGCAUAUUUCCCCCUCUGUUCCUGGGACGAGCAUGCAUUGAACAAGUCAGCUGCUCUGCUAGCAUAGAGGUUGUCAUAUCUUUGGUCCCACUCAGUGUAAUGUGAACAUAGUAUUACUCUGCACAUGUGACAUUAAGUGCAUGAAUUAUUCUUGUUACUUCUCUUUAACAAUGCCUAAAGACUUCAAAUGGAAUGGAUUUCCCCCCCCUGUUUCUACGGGGCACCUAAUGCCAUGGAAUAUUUAUUGACUUUGAGUCAGUAAAGACAGAGAUGUCAUUCAGUGAUCUCUUGCCAACUUCAGAGAUGGAAGAAGAAAUAUCAGAGGGUAGAAAUAUUAGGGCAAGAGAAAAAUUGGCUCUUCUUUCUAAGAAAUGCCAAAUUGAGCUUUAUAUAAAAAAUGUUUAAAGAAAAAUUAUCUAGUGUUUGCUGCAUUACUUUAAUGGCCAUAUCUGCCAUUUGCAGCUGUGGCAAGCUGUUUGUUUAGCGGUACAGGAAAGUGAAACAGAUUGGAUUGCAGAGAAUUUAUUUUUCAUACCUGUCUAAUUGCAAACACUCUGAACUAUGUGUUUGCAACUAGCGAACAUUUUUUACCAUCCAUUGAAUGCUUUCAUUUAUUUAUUUAAAAAAUAUGCUGGUGGAUGGGAGAGAAAAAGCUCCUACAUCAGUAGUAGUGAUGCCAAAUUGGGGGGGGGGGGAAGCAUGCCUAGGCAGCUGGAUGGGUCAUUCCUUGAGAAGGUGGUGUGUGAGCCUGUCAAAGCUACUUAAGGAACAUCAGUUUUUAUUACUUGGGAAAAUGUUAGUCAUAUAAUUGUAUUUCAUAUUAUUGGGGCUCCACCAUUUUUGGCUGGCUUUGGAUGCAAAGUCAAAAAAAUGUAAAAUCCUUCAAUUGCUUUUGUUUGGCCAACAGCAGCCAAAUAACCUUUCUACCUCCCUUUCUGUAAGGUCUGGAGCUUGAUGUUUUGGCCACUGUGUGACUGAGUUGCUCUGGCUCCAGUUCUUUCACCUAAUAUUGAAGCUCUGAGCAGGCUGAGAUCAUUGCCCACCACUACCACUCCGAGGUUGGGAGAAAGGUGGCCAAAUAGCAUCAUCAAUGGUGAGCAUAGAAAGUAGAAAUGUGUGGGUCUGCAUUGGAGCUUUUCUUAGUCUGAUUCCAGAAUGGUAGCCAAGUGUAACCCUAAAUUGGCAAGCACACAUAUAAAUGGGGGAAGGUGGAUAUAGAGGAGUGAAUUCAGAGGAUGAUGGGAUCAGGGAGAAUAGAAAAUGGUGAUGUCCUCAAAGGAAAAAUAGUUACCCUGUCUAGUUAACCAGGCAUUACUGGUGAGUUGGUAAGUUUAUUAACAAAUAUAGUGUGAUAACAAAUCAUAAUCUCAUUUCAAGCCGGAACUGAUGAAAUUGAAUUGCCUGACGAGUUGCAAUUUGGUGGUUUCACAUUGCAGUCUUCCUUUUUCUUUUAAUUCAAUAUGGCCACCUUAAGGUCAGUUUCAGAGUGUCUUGGUAGGUUGAAAUGUUCACUUACUGGUUUUUGGAUAUUUCCAUUUCUGAUGUCAGAUUGUGUCCUGUGAUGGGAUUAUGAGCUGCUUGUGCGUAAAAUCGUAUUCCCUCAGAGUUUGUUCAAGUCCACAAACCUCUGUCUGUGACUGAGCCCCUCUGACAUGGCUCCUCUAGUCACUAGAAGAUUCCGACAGUGGUUGCUUUCGUAAUCGCUUCCAACAUAAAAGCUCCUUAACGGAAACACGUCUUCUGGACUCUCUGCGUGACAGUUUCCGGCGAGGAGUGGGUGUCGCUACAGGAGGUCCGGAAACCUCACCACUGUUUUCGCUGGAAGUAUCUCUGAGCCAUCCCCCCAGCUCCCUUUCCCUCAGUUCAGCUUCUCUCCCCUGCUGGUUUCCUCUUCCGCUGCUGAGUCUCUUCCAACCUGUCUGAGCCCUUUCACCUCCCUCAGUUCAGCUUCUCUCCCCUUGCUGGUUCCCUCUUCAGCUGCUGAAUCUCUUCCAACCUGUCUGAGUCCUUUCACCUCCCUUCCUUCCGAUGGCAGUUCCCUGACAUCCACCUCCCCUCCAGGGCCCCCUUCACCCCCUCUCGCCCCCUCCUCUACGGGCGGUGAGGAGGCAAAACCCGGAAUGAACUUCCUUCAUCUUCCGAUGUCUCGAACACUUCUCUCCACCUGUUGCGGUUCCUGGUCUCGAAGCACUCCUCCUCCUCCGAGUCCAUCUCCCCUUCCCCUUCCGAUUCUGGGAAUCCUUCCAACUCCUCCUCCUCCUCAGUGGUCCCAAAGUAUUCCCUCCGGAACCUCUCCACAGGCUGAGGUUUCCGCGGGAACCUUUGAUGGAACAUUUCUAUCAAUACCUCGUCAUUGAUAUCUUUGGCCAUUACCCACGUGUUUUCUGACUCCGGUUCUCCUUCCCACGCUACCAAAUACUCCACCUGAUUCCCCUUCCACCUGGCAUCAAGGAUUUCUGCCACAUGACUGCUGCAUUCUCUUUCUUCUAUGACCGGUCCCAGUGGCCAUCCCUUCUCGUCCCCCCUCGUACGGUGACAGUAACGACCUGUGAAAUACUGGGUGCAGUUUCAUGUGGUUGGGUAACCGGAGCCUGAAAGCCACUGGGUUGACCUGUUGAAUGACCUCAAAGGGACCCAACCUCCUGGGUCGUAAUUUCUUACAACCUCCUUUGAACGGCAACCCUCGGGUUGACAGCCACACCCUAUCUCCAACCCUUAUGGUUUCACCUUCCCUUCGGUUCUUGUCUGCCUGCCUCUUGUAUUCUUCCUUCGCCCUUUCUAAGUUGAGUUGGAGCUGACGGUGGAUUGCUUCCAUUUCUUCUACAAAAUGCUCGGCUGCCGGUACGCUCCAUCUCUCCCCUUCUCCCCCUGGGAAAGCCCUGGGAUGACACCCAUAAUUAGCCAAGAAGGGGCUCAUCCCUGUGGACACAUUCUCGGCAUUGUUGUAGGCAAAUUCCGCCAGCGCCAACUUUUCUACCCAGUCAUUCUCUCUGUCAUUGACAUAACACCUCAGGUAUUGCUGGAGGACACCGUUUGCUCUUUCCGCCUGCCCGUUGGUUUCAGGGUGCCGGGCAGUCGAAAAGUUGACCUCCACCUGCAGUAAGCUCAUGAGCUUCCUCCAGAACCUGGAAGUAAAUUGUUUUCCUCGGUCUGAGACCACCCUCAAUGGCACCCCGUGCAACCUAAAAAUGUGUUCUACAAAUAACUUCGCUGUCUCUUCCGCCGUGACUGCAUGCGAGCAAGCUACAAAGUGGCACAUCUUUGUUAGUAGGUCUACCACCACCAUGAUGGCUGUUUUCCCUUUGGACUUCGGCAGAUCAGUCAUAAAAUCUAUCGACACUGCCUCCCAAGGUCGUUCUGGUGUUGGUAAGGGUUCUAAUAGCCCCGCCGGCGCCCGCCUUUCCCCUUUGGCUCGCUGGCACUGCUCGCACCCUCUUACAUACUCACGUACAUCCUCCCUCACCUUAGGCCACCAAAAUUCCCUGGUGACCAACCACAUGGUUUUGUGUUGCCCCAAAUGCCCGCCGUGGGGCUGUCAUGCAACUGCUUGAGUACCCUCCCCCUUAAGUCUCCUUCAGGGAUAUACAGUGCCCCUUUGUAAUACAAAGCUCCAUUUCUUUCCUCGAAACCCCUUGAUUCCUCUCCCUCAUCCCUAAGACCUCUGAGCUUAUUCUGGGCGUAUUCAUCAUUCUCUGUUUCUUCUACCAGUUCUCUUUGUCCCACCAAUGCCGCCCCACACACCCAGCGGUCCUCUGGAAUGACAUGUCUCUCUUCGGGUGCUCCCUCCCCCUCCCAAUAUUCAGGUUUGCGUGAGAGGCGUCCGCCCUAAUGUUCUCUGGGCCUGGCACGUAACAAAUCUCAAAGUUAAAUUUGGAGAAUUCCUGGGCCCAUCUCACUUGCCGUUGGUUGAGCACUCGUGCCGUCCUCCAAUACUCUAGGUUCUUGUGGUCAGUGCACACUUGCACCUUAUGUUGUGCGCCAAUUAGCAGGUGCCUCCAUCUCCGGAACGCCUCAUGAAUGGCUAGUAGUUCUCGGUCAUACACCGUGUAGUUCCUCUCGGAUUUGUUCAGCUUUCGCGAAAAAAGCACACGGUCUCCACUCUGACUCCUCCUUCCCUGGCUGGAGAAGCACCGCCCCAACCGCUCUGUCUGAUGCGUCAGUUUCCACUCUCAUCGGUUUUGUAAAUCCACAUGCAGGAGCUGUUGUUCCGAGGCGAAGGCCCUUUUAGUUCCUCAAAUGCUUGCUCCGCCUCCUCCGUCCAAACGAACUUCUUCUUACUGCUGAGACAGUCCGUAAUGGGCGCCGUCAGGUGGGCAAAGUUUGGGAUGAACUUACGAUAGAAGUUCCCAAACCCUAAAAACCUCUGCACAUCCUUCCUUGUUUUGGGUGUUUUCCAUUCCAGUACCGCCUGGACCUUGUCGGGAUCCAUGGCCAACCCCUUGUCAGACAGGCGAUACCCCAGGAAUUCCACCUCCUUGGUAUGAAACUGACACUUCUCCAGUUUCACCCACAGCUGGUUGGCUUGCAGCCUGCUCAACACUUCUCUGACGUCUCUCACAUGCUGCUCCUCAUUCUCAGAAUACACCAACACGUCGUCUAAGAAGGCCACACAAUUCUUGUAAAGCAACGGCCCCAGGACGUGGUUCAUAAACGAUUGAAAUGUUGCGGAGCCUGCUUGUAGACCGAAGGGCAUAACUAAGUAUUCAAAUGCCCCUAAAGGGGUGAACAUGGUGGUUUUCCAUUCAUCCCCUUCCUUAUUCGUAUCAGGUUGUACGCCCCCCUUAGAUCCAGCUUGGUAAAAAUCUUUCCCUUCCGCACCCUUGUCAAAAUGUCGUCAAUCCUGGGCAUCGGGAAGGCCACUGGUUCUGACACUGCAUUUAAGGCCCUGAAGUCACACACCAGUCUCGGCUUGUUCGUGUUUUUUGUCCACAAAAACACUGGGCUGCCCCCACCGCCCUGGACUCUCUGAUGAACCCUCUCUUCAGGUUCUUGUCAAUGAACUCUCUUAGCUCCUGCAUCUCUCUGUCUGACAUGGCGUACAGCUUGCCCACAGGGAGCUGUGCCCCAGGGAGCAAAUUGAUUUGACAGUCAAAGGCUCUAUGCGGUGGUAGUUGGUCAGCUUCCCUUUCGCUGAAGACGUCGCGGAGAUCUGCGUAUUGUCGUGGUACCUUCACGUUCUCCGUCACUUCAGUCCCUGCUAGAGUGGCUUGGGCCCCUGCCAAAACCCUUCCCUCUUUGCAAUGUUCUAAGCAAUGUGCUGACCCAAAAGAAACCACUCUUUGAUGCCAGCCCACCAGCGGAUCAUGUAACGCUAGCCAGCUCAUCCCCAAUAUAAUGGGAGCUCCUCCCAAGGUGGCCACAUUAAAUGCUAUUAGUUCGGUGUGCCUUGCCACCUUCAUUAUCAUUGGGACGGUCUGCAAGCUGACUUCUCCUCCCAACAGCUCCCUGCCAUCGAUCGUGGUUACCUGCAGGGGUUGCUUAAAGGAGCGUCUGUAUCUGGUGUUCAGCUGCAAACUCUUUGCUCAUGAAAUUGCAGGAGCUGCCUGAGUCCAACAGCGCCUUUAUCUUUAGAGGGUGUCCGUUUGGCAGCUCUAGUGUCACUUCUAUCACUAGGGCGGGUUUAGGAGGUUCUGGAGUGGGCACUUUCACUGCUCUUUGGCCUGGCUGCUGUGCCCCGACAAUGGCAGCCAGGCGUUGGCUUUUAGUUGCUCCGGUAUUUUUCCUCUCUUCCCUCCACAGCUCCCACCAUCCCUUGCCAUUCCUUCCUCUGGGGGCAGACUCUGGCAAAGUGCCCUGGCUGUUGGCAGAGAUAGCAUUCCCGGGCGCCUUUUCCAUCCUUCUUUCCCCCUCACUGGGCUUUGAAACUGCGCGCGCGCGCUGUUCCGAUUUCCAUCGGCUCUGCCGGCGGGACAGUUGGCUCUGGAACGUCUGGAAUGCGGAACUCCUUCCAACGUUCCCCUUUCCCUUCCCGCCUCUCCAAUGCUCUCGCCUCCUGGCGCGCUCCUAUGGCCAGCGCUGAUUUGGUCAGCUGGUCCAUAGACUCCGCCCUGGGCGCCACCACUACUGGCCUUGACACCUACUUGAUGUCAUCAGUCCAUGAUUUUCUUACAAAGAAGGAAUGCAGCAGGGCAUUGGAAGAUACACCAGUGAGUAACAUAAUGUUGUGAUUGACAUUCUCAUUGCCUGAGUACAUGUGGGGACAAAGUUGGCAUCUCAGUUUGUUGCCAAAUUUGGUCCCUUUAUUUGUGUGUUUGUUAUGUGGCCUGUUGUUGCUGGUAAGUAGUUUUUUUAGGCUGGCUUGGUGGGCUGGCUGUAAUGAAGUACAGGUCUACCAUCCAAACCUUUGAGAGGGAUGUGUCAUUUUGCAGGAUAGGCGGUAGAUCAUUGACACAUUUUAGUGGUUUAGCUGGGAGCAGUAGGUUAGAACAACUGAGGUUCUGUAUUUUUUCUUCUUCUAUGGCUCUGCAGUAGUAGAUUAUUGCUGGGUCCCAUCUGGCCUUAUAGAUCUGCUUUCUCACUUCAUUUGAUAGGUCUAAACUGUAAGCUAUCAGAGUCUGUCUCAUGAAUCUGAGCAGAUGGAGUUGUAUCAUACAUGCAGCUCGGUUGUAGACAAUAGAUUUUGUGUUAACAUUCUUGAUGGAAGAUGGAAGCAGAAGAGUAUGUGCGGUUGCGAAUAAGUUUCAAUUGUAAUGUGUUGCUUAUAUGUGUGUUAUGUAGUUGCAAAGUAACAUCCAGAAACCUGUUGCAUAGAAUGAUCUUAGCUCAGGUUUUUUGUGAGGUGAAAGUUUUUGAAGUCAUAGUGGAUGUUUCAAGGUAUAUGUUUACAAUUUGCCGAUACCUACUACCUAAGAUUUUCAGAUCCUUGUUUUGAGGGACUUCUCCAAGCUAGAGUAGAAAUUUGGACUGUACUCACUCUUCUCUUUCCCAUUUUUAAAUGGGAUAUUUACAGAGAAGGGCAAUUUUCUUAAUCAGUUUUCUUAAUUAUUGACAUGUAUAAUAUGCUUUAGAUUACGGUAACUGAUCUGUUAGUUACUAGUAAAGGUACCUCUGCCUGUAAGGGCCAGUCGUGUCCGACUCUAGGGUUGUGCGCUCAUCUCACUUAAGAGGCCGGGGGCCAGCGCUGUCCGCAGACACUUCUGGGUCACGUGGCCAGCGUGACGAAGCUGCUCUGGCGAGCCAGCACCAGCGCAGCACACAGAAACUCCGUUUACCUUCCCGCUAUAAAGUGGUCCCUAUUUAUCUACUUGCACUUAGGGGUGCUUUCGAACUGCUAGGUGGGCAGGAGCUGGGACCGAAAGACGGGAGCUCACCCCGCCGCGGGGAUUCGAACCGCCGACCUUCUGAUCGGCAAGCCCUAGGCUCUGUGGUUUAACCCACAGCGCCACCCGUGUCCCCUGUUAGUUACUAGAUCAUGCUAAUCUGUAACAAAUUAAAAACAUGCUACAGUGAUAUUUUUUUUAAAAUUAAAAACAACAACCUUAGUUUAGUGGCAGGUAGCUGCAUUUAUCUUGCAAAAGUCAAAGCCCAUAGUCAUGAUUAUUGCUCACUUUUCUCAUGGAAUUAUAACAUUUACUUACUACCCUUUUUCCUGCUGUGACUUCAGCUUAAUUGUUUAUUUUUAAUAACAUCUAUAACAGCUUUGUUACAAUAAGCCUUUGUUGGCUUAUUGUUGUGAUUAACCUGAGAAUUACUCACCUAGUCACAGCCUGGGUGGUGGCAUAUUUAGACUGCUGGAAUUCAGAUGAUUAAGACACAAGUUCAAAUUCCUGCUUAACCAAGAGAUUUAAUGAGUGACUGACCUGCCUUACUUUCUCUCGGUUUAUUUUACAUGUUAGGAUAGUAGUGGGAAUAAAAUGGUGGUGAGAGGACAACUAUGGAAAGUCAGGAUAAAAAUAAUCAUACCAAUACUCACAAACACACAAUAGAGAACAUACAAAAAAAUCUGAGCCGGGUGCUCUUAGGCAAAAGCAAAGGAAAAUGAGCCAGCAAUCGACUGCAAGCUCCCAGGGAUCGACCAGUCGAUCCCGAUUGACCUGUUGGACAUCCCUGUUCUAGUAGAUCCCGCUAUGUAGACAUGGGGUUCUCUUCUGAGUAAGCAUGUUUUAGGAUGGAAGUCCUUGGAUUAUAUAAUCUUUUUUAAAAAUAAAUAUUUCACUUUUAACCAACUACUUAAAUAAAUGUGUGUGAUUCAUCAGGGUUGUGUUUUGCUUUUCCAUCACAAAUAUGUACAAAUGCUAGUCACUGAAAAUGUCAAAACUUGGAUUUAAUCCAAGAACUGAAAAUAGUGUUAGCUUUUAUGCACUGAAAAAUAUCAAGCUUUCCUAGUGGGGAGGGAUAAAUAAGAGACUGUAUUUGAGCAACUAAGCACUUAGGUUCAUCUGUGCCAAAUGUUUUUCCAAAGUAGGUUGUAUACUACACCAAUUAAAAAGAUGUAGCUGCAAGUGGUUUUAGGUUUGUUUGACUUGUUCCUAGGAGGAGAAAAAACUAAACCAUGGAAAAACCUAAACAAUAAGGUCUGAGUAGGGAACAAUAGCCUGCUCUCAGUGUGAAUAUUAUUGGAAUAAUAUGCAUGGACUUCAUUAAUUGCCUGUUUAAAUGUCCUUAUUUGAGUCAGUUCCAAACAUGUUUUGAGGAAUCUUAGCUGAGAGUGGGCUGUUCAAGGGACCAUACUGUUUGUUUAUGUAGUUAUUUAUUUUGACAAAGUCCAUCUGAGGUUACACUUCUAAAUACUUCAGAAGUUUUAUGUAACAAAAUAAAAGCUUUGUUUUUAAAGUUUUUGUUUAAAGUGUUUUUACGUUUUUAUUUAUACUCUGCAUUUUAUUUUCCAAACAGAAACCCAGAGCAACUUGGAACACCUCUUGCAGAGCUAUUUUGUUUUUCUGGUAUUCUGUGUCAGCUGAUGGGUAGUUAAUUUUUGAUAAUGAAUUUUGCCAUUCUCAAAGAAUAUUUUGAAGAAAAAAAAUACCAACCCAUUGAAUAAAUUUCUGGGGGGGUGGGAAGUGGGAGAAGGGAACAAUAUUGCAAGAGAACAAUAUUUUUCCAGCUCGGGACUGAAAUAUUGACAGUCCAGUGAUCCUUAGGUAACUUUAUUGGCUUUAUUGUGUUGUAUUUCAAUAAGGGUGAGGUUUGCUUAAAUUAAAUUGUUGUAACUUGCCCUGGCACAUCAUGGUGAAGGGUGGGUAAAAAAUCAUAUAAAGAAUAAUAGUAUUAACUAGUAAUAAUUAAUGUAACCAUUUCCAAUUUUGACAGCAGUACCAUAACAAAUAGUCUGGUUGGCAGUGAGUGAUGAUGGCUAGCAGUAUGGCUUUGCCCUCUAAGCUUCUCUACUUAAGUUUCAUUUGGUCAAAUCUGUUCCAUUAUCCCUUUUUCCAGCCCAUUCUGCAACUCUUAAUCAUUGGCCCUGAAUAUAUUUCAGGCAGCACAACAAGACCUUUUUAUUUCAGCAAGUGGAAGAUAUGCGAAGUAGCCAAUGAAAUGCUUCCAUUAGUGUAGGUACUUCUGGCUAUGCAGUGGAACUUCUUUUCCCUGUACAUCCCCUAAAUAUGUUAUUGGGGUUCUCCCAAACCUUUGGAGCAGAUUUGGGGAGAGUGUGGCAGGCACAUGGGGAGAUGGAGGGGGAAGGAAGUUCUUCUUGUGGUAACAGAACUACUUGGAUACUGCCCUCUGUCUUUUAAGCCCCCCACCAAUUCAAAUUUAGCUUGGGGAGGAGCUGUAAAAACUAUGUUUUUUAAUUCAAAAUGAAUAAUCUGUAAAAAGGUAAAGGACCCCUGACAGUUAAGUCCAGUUGCACAAGACUCUGGGGCUGCGGCGCUCAUCUCGCUUUAUAGGCCGAAGGAGCCAGCAUUUGUCCGCAGACAGUUUUUCCGGGUCAUGUGGCCAGCAUGACUAAGCCGCUUCUGGUGCAACGGAAUACCGAAACCAGAUAAACACACGGAAACUCCGUUUACCUUCCUGCCAGAGCAGUACCUAUUUAUCUACUUGCAUUUUUGUGCGUGCUUUUGAACUGCUAGGUUGGCUAGGUUGGCAGGAUCAGGGACUGAGCAACGGGAGCUCACCCCGUUGCGGGGAUUCAAACCACCAACCUUCUGAUCGGCAAGCCCAAUAUGUAAAUGUCUAAGCUAGUUUGAAUAGCACGUUCUCAAAGGGGUUUGCAGAGGAUGAUGAUUUUGACUUUGCCAUGGUUUCCUACAAAACAGAUACUGUACAUUACAUUAAUAUGAAAAAUCUCAAUGAGAGACAAGUUUAUCAACCUUCACAGUAACUGCACAGCUCUUUGUCUUCUUCAUGUCAGUGUAUUCACAGUCCUGAGAAUCUCAUCUUUAAAAAGACUCCUCCUCCUCCUCCUGAUUUUAGAGCUAUCUGAACACUUGCAGAUGCUGUUUGUGACAAGCUACGUUGCUCCUAAAUGGGCUAGGUGGGUGAGCUUGUGUGCCAUGCAAAGUUACGUAUUACUGUUUUGCGCAGUUGUUAGCACCCUUGCUCUUAACACCAUCUCUUUAUCAUGAAAAAUGUGUAGCACAGACAAAAAAAAAUCCCAAACCAUAAAUUUGUAGAAGUAAUGCAGAAUAGGAGUUUAGCAAAUUACACAAAUGCAGGAGAAGUGUAACAUUAAGAGUGAAUGCCUAGUUCAUUUUUUUUCUUGGUGUGGAGAUUCUAUUUUUUUUUAAGUGCUUAGUGCGUAAUUGUCUUCACUGUAUGUACCCUAAGAGUACUGUUUGUACAAAACAAAUUGUUUCUUGCAUGUCUGUUACAGAGUUAACCUUUUGCACACCUGGCAUGACCAGUGGCUUAAAGAGAUAAGCCAAAGAAAGACCCCUGUACUCCGUAGAGGUGUGGGUGUACCGUUUGCGCUAGUUGUAUAGUUAAUGUGACUGAGAAAGCAAGUGAAUAAGUAAUUAGAAACGAUGCAAGGUGAAUUUUCAUGGAAGAUAGUAUGUGCUGGGGCCAGAGUUGGAGGUUUUGGGAUUUUGCUCCUAAUUAUUGUUCGCAGACAGCCUCGUAUCAGUCUGCGUCAGCUAUGAAUGACAAAGGUGGAUUUUUUUCUGUAUUUCUCUUUAAGGAUAGGUGGAAGCUGGAAAUCAGUAUAUGAAGUGUGUGUUCAUGAAAUGUAGAAGAUCAGAGUGAGAAGAAAUUUGGACUGUUGAUAUGGAAAAGAACUGUGCCUUAGUUGACUGAUGGACCGUAGUUGACUCAAAAUAAAGUGGUGGAAGUUUAAAAACAAACAAGCUACAAGAGAAUAAGUUUUCUAACUUGACAUGAUGUGACAUGAUGCCCAGUAGGGCAUAGUGACUACAUUUACUUCUCAAUUGCAUAGGAUAUUGGAGGUGCAAAAGCCACUGCCCUGCCAUGUGUAGAGAAUUGCUGUUUAGAUAUUGCAGUGCUUUAAAGCCAAGUCCAACAGCAGACUUUUUCUAAUGUUCUUGUGUCACACAAUAACACCACGACUGUUUUAGUUCUGUUGCCUGAUUCCUCAGCAGGCUAUACAUACUAGAGUCUAGACUAGUGGUUCUCAAACUUCCCCUCCAUGGACCACUUGAAAAUUGCUAAGGGUUUUCGUGGAUCAUUUAAUGACAUUUCUGCCUGCUGUAGCAAUUACGGUGCAUUUUGCUAGAUGCUGUAUGCUUUUUAUUGUAUUUUCUUGCUUCUUUAAUUUCUUCUAUUGUAUCAAAUUAUUAACAGAGAUGUUGUGGGCCACCUGAAUGAAGCCCAUGGAUCACUGGUGGCCUGCCGACCACAGUUUGGGAACCCCUACACUAGGCUGAGGGUUUAGAAGCAUUUCUGGAUCAGCAGCUUAAUGGCCUCUUUCCACCUUUGCCUGCUUGCUUGAAAGAGUUGAAAUUUCAAAGUAUCAUUCUGCAAUAUGUGGAACAUUACUAGUGGCUGGAAGAAAAAAAGAGUAAGGCUAUUCAAAAGCAUAGCUAGCUCUGGGCCAGGAACAGCCUAGUAAGACUCUUAAAGUACAUUAUACCUUAUAAAUGUUAUCUUCAAACGUGUUUACGUGCAGAAAUAGUCCUUAAUCUGAGGCUCAUGUCUAAGAAUUUGAAACAUUCUUCCAGCUCUGAUCUAAAGGCUUGUACAGUGUGGAAUUACUAAUACUGUAAUCCACCUCCCCCAGUAUGUGGAAGUUUGUUCCACUAGUUUCAACAGAUUGACUUUGUGUCAUGUGUUUAGGAAUAAUGAUGCAAAGUUUUCACCUAAAGUAAAUCGCAAGGGAUGAAUCUUAAGUUCUGUUUAAAACCUUGUGCACUCCACUCUGGUUAUUUUUCAGACAUGAACAUCUUUUCUUUUCUUUCUUUCUUUCUUUCUUGUGAACUUUUGUAUUGCAUAAAAACAGAUUGUAUUUAUCUGAAGCAUUUAUACCCUGCUCAUUAGCAGAGAAGACUCCCAUAGCAGUGUACAAAAAUCAGUAGUAAGAAAGAAUAAAAUGAUUGUUUCAUGACACAUUCAGAACAACAGCUUCCUUAAUACCUGUAAGAGGCAGACUUAUCAGCAUUUCCAUAUACAGUAUAGCUGAUUUGAUGUUGAGUUCAUGGCAUUGCUGCUAUUCCGUAAAUGAUCAAAUUUUUAAAAAGUAUAGCAAGUUUAUCUUAAUAUUAAAAGCGAUGCCUUUCAGAUGAAUUAUUGGUAUAUUCUCCACUUUGUUGCACUAGCAUUAAUAAUUUGAAAAUCAGCUUCCUAAAGAUUCACCAGGUGGCAAUCUUGGAAACCACAAGCAAAUUGAACCAUUAUUAAGACAGUUGGGUGAGAACUUGCCUUAGGGGAGUUGCCGGUUAGUUUUCUACCUCUCCAGAACAUAUUCCAUUCUCAAUGUUGGAGCUAAGCACUGCUUGCUGGUGAGUAAUUCACGCAGCUGAUAGGCAGACUUCAUACCUUUUAACUACACACUCCAUUCUUCUUGGAGCCUAGAUGCUGUUUUUUCUCAGAGAGGUGGCAAGUGUGAACAUCAAUUUUCCCUCCCUCCCACUUUUCCUAACCAUUGAGACAAUGGCUGUCUUUGAACCAUGGGAGCAAAACCAGGUCUUUGGUUUUUAUGUACCUCUUAGUGAAUAGGGCUUGGGGCCUUUUUGGUGGCUGUGCCCAAAGUUUGGAAGUCCUUCCCUGGGAAGGCUGCCUAGCCAAUUUCAGGUGCCCUUCCACUUUCUUGACAAAGACUUUAAAAAGCAACCUAGACAGGCUGGUUCAGCUGACUUGACUUCUUAAUUUGCAGCUUGCCUUAAUAGGUUUUACAGCUCAUCUUAUUAUGUGCGAUGUGGCUUUGAUUUGUGUUCUCUACUAACUAUAAAAUGGACUUACUGUAUUUUUAUUAUUACCAUUAGCCACCUUUGGUACUAUAUGUAGAAAGGCAGCUAUAGAGUGGAGAUAAGAAAGAAAAGUUGCUUGCUGCAGUCAUAUCAAGUGUUCCUCCAUGUCUACCCAUUUCAGCUCAGACUUACCCCUGAAGUCUCACUGGACUUCAGAGGCACUGAAGGUGCCCUGUCUCUCCCUUCAGGGAGGCAUAAAGCUGGUGGCAAACACAAAUUUUGUUGUUAUCUAAUUGGAGUAGGACGCUGGUGGCGCUGUGGGUUAAACCACAGAGCCUAGGACUUGCCGAUCAGAAGGUCAGCAGUUCGAAUCCCCACGACGGGGUGAGCUCCCGUUGCUCAGUCCCUGCUCCUGCCAACCUAGCAGUUUGAAAGCACGUCAAAGUGCAAGUAGAUAAAUAGGUACCGCUCUGGCGGGAAGGUAAAUGACAUUUCUGUGCGCUGCUCUGGUUCGCCAGAAGCGGCUUAGUCAUGCUGGCCACAUGACCCGGAAGCUGUACGCCGGCUCCCUCAGCCAAUAAGGCGAGAUGAGCGCCGCAAUCCCAGAGUCGGCCACAAAUGGACCUAAUGGUCAGGGGUACCUUUACCUAUAUAGAGGAGGAUGCAUUGCAGGGGGUUGGAGUAGAUGACCCUUGGGUCCCUUACAACUCUAUUAUUUUAUGACUGUCAGGAGCUGGGUUCAUAAGUCUGUGAGUGUUCCUUCACAGUGUCCUGUUUAAAGAAUUUGAAAUGGACAGAUGGCAUAUUAGAAUGGACCUUUUUCUGUAGAACUAGGGAUUUCUGGCAGGAUUCUGCUUUGUAUGUAAACAACAAAGAUUGGCAUGCUUUUGUGGCUAGACAGGGAAAAGAAAGCUUAUUGGAGGUCUGCAAGGUAUUUGAAGACUCCCCUUGUCUCUCCCAAGUAGUACUUGGUGCUGGACAAGCGGUAGGAUAGCAUGUUGGAGCUACUUUUGCGUCGUCACAGUCCAACAAGGUUAACUCACUAGUUCCUGUAGAGGCUGCUUUUGGCCAACAAUACUUUCCAGAAAAUUUGGGGUUACACGAAAAUAUUCGUAUGGGAACUGACUUGGAUUAUCUUACUCCUUAAUAAGUACUUUUGGCAUACUGUUUCUGUCAAGGAGAGGAUUCUGGCACCAGCAGUGAAAAUAAAGAACUGCUUCCAAUUCUGUGAAUCUUACACUGUUGUUAGAUGACACACUAGUCCUCCUAUCAAGUUCAACAGAGCCUAAGCUUAAAUAUCUCUUUGGAUUCUAGAAGUAUCCAAACAAGAAAUAUUCCCCUCCCCACCAGGCAACUACUUUUAUCUUGAGGUGUCAAUGUCCUAAGACAACUCUGUAUGCAGCAUGAAAGCAAUUUCAAGAGAAAUGCAAUGGACAGUGAAACAUAAUGACACGUAUUCUGUCCUUGCAAUUACUUUUUCCUGAACAGUUUGUGGAUUUAAUUUUUUGAUACAGAAAAAUGUAUUGACUGCCAGUAAACUAAUAAGAAAAGCAAGUAAGAAUGAUUUGAACUGGAUAUGGCAUGGUUGCCAGAAUGGAAGGAGAGGAUCUCCCUGAUGUGCAGCCAGAUUUAGGAACAGGAGACAAGAAAAAGCAGGUGACUGGCUUUUGUGUGUGCAUUAUUGUAAAUGGCAUAAGGCCCAAUUUUAAGUCUGCUACUACUUCUUUCUGUGUACUGCAAUAGUAAUAAACCCUGUUUGACUCAGUACCAAUGUUUACAUGUUUCAGUCACAUCCAGUAGAGAUUAUUGCUUGUUUGCUUUCAUUAUUGGUUGCUUUGACAGUCAAGAUUAGUAUGCUAGCACUGUAAAGUAUAAGAACUCUCAGCAUAAAGAUUACCUCUUGAUAGGUGUGGGAAGGUUCCCCCCCCCAUACUCUUAAGACAUUUCAUAUUCAAAAAAAGCAUGUAAAUAGAAAGCAGAAUGCUUUGGCAAUGCCUACUUGUAGGUUGUAAAGUUCUUUGCAUUUGUAUUGUGUGCUUUCCAGGUGGCGCACAAGUGCUUAGUUGAUAUUAACCUCAUAAAAUCCUGUUAAAAAUCUUCUCCAGUGUCUCUACCACUGUUAAUGGAGAGAUCUUCACAGACUUAAGAAGUUGGCCAUCCUUCUUUUCAGAGCCAUGGAGUGUUAGCCCAUGCUAUGGCCUUGUACCAUUUGAUUAUCUCAGCAAUAAAAUUAAGUGGUUAGCAAAAGAAAUUAUUUCUACCUAAUCAAGUAAAGCCUAGAGUGCACUAAACUGGGAGGGUGAAUGGGCAGAACUGGACAUCUUUGAGCACUUGAAAUAAAGUUGGCUCAUUAUCUGUAUUUGUCUGGCAGGGACAGUUGGAGUAUUUGUAAUUUCAUUCCUAUCUUUAUUAAGAAAGGACCUCAAUAUCUGGACUGCAUUUCCCCCUUCUUUUUACCAGUAAAAGCCAAAGCAGACAAAUUGUAUUCUAUGAGAUAACUUAGUAACUGAAAUGUGUUCCUAUAAUCUUGAUUCAGGAAAAAUACAUUUUUUUGGCUACCAGAAAUUCAUGAAAUGGGGUUUGAUAAUUUUUUGCAGAAGGCUUCCAUUCAUAUUUACAACAAUCUGUACUAUAGAUGUAUGCAGAAGACAAAAGAAUCUGAUUGCUUUUGCUAUGUGUACUUAAAAAAAUUAAAAUGGGUUCCCUUCUCCUUCCCUCUUAUAUUUGAGCAUAAGUUUUUAAAGCUUUGCAGUAAGUUUGUAUUUCUAAGAAUAAAACAGUGUAUAAAUAAUCAGAGUAGUUUAAGUUUGUAUUUUAAAAAAAUGUGUCAAAAUGAAAACAUUUAAAUGGGGGUGGCAUUGAAAAGUACAAAGCAGCAACUUCUCUGGAAUUGAGAGAAACUAUUCCCAACUGGUUGAACAAACAUUUUGGUUGCCAGCUAGGGCUGACUUUAAAUGGACCAGCUGCCUGUGUCAGCAGCAUAGGGUUACCAGGGUAACAGUGACUGUUUAAAGAAGAAUGUAGCUGAGAGGGCAAGUUUUUGAUCUGUGAGUUAAGGGAAGGAAUUUGGUGUGAUCAUGCAUCAGCCCUCCUAAUCACACACACUCAAGCACUCAAAGCUAUGUGGGCGGUGUGUAGCAAUUUACAAUUCUGUUGAAGCUUGUGUGAGGCUUCCAAUUACUUCAUUUUCAUAGGAGCCAAAGCACUUGGAGUGUACUAUGAAAAACAGUACAUUUGUGAUUUUGAGGAAUAGUGAUGAGGGACUCACUGCUGUAUGUGACGCGCAGUUUGUAACUGCAGAGAUAAUUGAUACCUCCAACCUCUGGAUUUUGAUGACUUGGCUUUCCCAGGGACAAGGAACAUUCAAAUCCAUCUUCAGAUAACACUUAUCUCAAAAGGAACUGUAGAUUUAGUCAUAUGGAUUUUUUAUAUUACUGGCUUUUUUGUUACCUAAAUUAUUUUAUUUCUAAAUGAUAUAUUCAAAAGAUAGAGAUGAAAAGAUAAACUAGGCAGUUAUCUAUCUAUCUAUCUAUCUAUCUAUCUAUCUAUCAUCUAUCUAUCAUCUAUCAUAUUUAUAGACCACCCUUCACCUGCAGGUCCAAGGGUAGAAAUACACAAAAUUAAAACUAAAAUCAAUAAACUAUAUUAAAACAAGCCAACAUAAAUUACAUACAAACCAAAUGGCAAUAGCCGAACCUUCUCUCAAAGCCCCCUCCCCCUGCUGAUGUGUGUAUUCACCCGAUGAUAAAAUGAGAACAAUGUCAUGAUACGACAUGGUUUAGAGGGAAUGUCAUUGCAGAGGCGUGGGAUCACACCCAUAAAGCCCACCCAUGAGUCCCCACCAUAGCGAUCUUAUUGGGUAGGAGACCCUAACUGGGGUUCUCCUGUAAAUAUUAGCACUCAAGCUGGACAAUAUGAAAGGACACUGGGGUGUUGGACUAGAUGAUCCUUAUGGUCCCUUCCAACUCUAUAAUUCUGUGAUUCUAAUCAAAGUUUGUAACCCAUAUUAACCAAAGGAAUAUUUCAAAUGAUGAAAUGGUGCAGGCCUUGUGAAAAUGAGUUAAAUAACCAUUUUAAGAAUUACUGUAUGUUGUUGCAGCAGAAAUGUUAGAAUUUGAAGGAGCAAACAUGAAGUGAGAUUUCUAAAAGUUUCAGACUUAUCAAUAGUGUAAAAGCUGUUUCACGAUUUCAGCUUUUCUCCUUCAGAAUGUUGGAUUUUCUCCUCAAACUGACAAGUUCAACUAAACUACAGGCAUUUUUUAAUCAGCUGUUCCAAGGAUUAAACUGUGAUGUUAAGGUUGGGGGAAAAGGUCUUGCCUCUUCUGAGACCUUUAAUAUUACUGGUAUUUGAGGAAUGUGUUCAUAAAGUUUGAAACUGAAUGUAGUCUCUCUUUCAUGUUCUGAAAACAGGCAGCUUUGGCACUUCGGUCUGAAUCUUAGUAAAUACCUUAUUUUGUUGACUUCUCUCAGUUUAUUCAUUAUACAGUACGUUUAAGCAUCUUCUUUGUAUUCUGGUACAAGAAAAUUAUAACAGUCACUUAUUGUGUAUUAAAACUUUAGACUGACUAAAGUGGUGUGUGCUUGUUUUUUUGUUUUUGCUAGUUCUUCUAGUUAAAAAAAAGUCUUUAAAAACUGGCAAAUCUAAUACUAUCUUUGUAAGUUUCUUCAAUUCCUGCAUUCCUUCUUAGCCUUUGAAUGAAAAAAUGGCUUGGUUCACAUGUUACAGGAAGCCAAACUAUGGCUUGCCAUGAAUGACCAAGGGUGCUGCUGGACAAAUUGCUCUUGCCCUGCUCUUCCUUUUCCCAAGGCAGAAUGAAACAAGCCAGAAUGCUGGCUUGUUUCUCUCAAAAUAAGCCACAAGAGGAAGUCUUGGUUGAAGAGCCAGGCCCUCUCUGAGAAACAAAACAAUCUUUAAAAUCAGUAUUCAGUGCAUUGGUGGUUAACUGCUUGUCUGCUAGAUUUUGAUCUAGUGAGAUGUAGUUGGCUUAAGACAGCAGGUUUUUUUAAAUCAAUCACUUCUGUUAGUUUAGGUAUCCCUAGUUUCAGUGACUAGAACCAGGAAGUAUGCCCAUGAUUUGUUUCUCCCUUUUUAGCCACUGGAUAUUUGUUUCCUCCAAUAAUGAUGCAAAUUAUUUUUGUUCUGAGUGAAUAGGACGGCACUCCAUAUAUAUUUCUAAAAGAAAAAAAAAGGCAUUUUGUUUGCAGAACUGCCAUUCAGGGUCCAGCAUUUUAAAAUGGAUACUUUCCUAUAGCAGUAUAAUGGAACCAAACAUUCAGUUGCCAGCUCUCUACCAUCAUCUGUGCUUAGGUUUAUCAAAAUAAAUAAUCACAGCCUUUUCUUCAAUUAUAGUAUUCUUCAAUUAAAAUAAAUAUUGUUGCCCUGCAUUUGUAGUAGGCAACAAUGAAUCUAGGAAUUAGUCAAAGUUAAGAAACUUGAUUAUCCAAGGAUCAGACUAAUAUAUUUUCACCCUAUCAUAGGAUAAACUUCAUAGGCAUAUUCUUUGAAUGGUUGACUCACAUUAAGCAACAUUUGCUUUUUAAAUCCAUGGUAACUAUUGCCCAUAUUGUUACUCUAUAAUUUAUGUGUGCUCUGCAACAGAUAAAGCUGAACAGUUUGUUUCACCAAACCUUUAAGUAAGGUUUGACAAUGAAAAUGGCACCCUCUUGUGAGUCCCUUAAGAAGACUCUGGUGACAAAGAAAGGAGACAUAGAUAUUUUUCUGUUUGUGAUGUUUUGAAAGACUGUGCUCUAGAGCAGUGUUUCCCAUUUUUUUCUGAUCAUGGCUCCCUUCCAAAUGUUUCCUUCCUGUGCCCCCCCAUCCUACUGGUAGAAAGAGGUGGGGGGGAGAUGGGGGGGUCGGGUGGCGAUGUUUCUAUUUUACAGUGGUACCUUGCAAGACGAAUGCCUCGCAAGACGAAAAACUCACAAGACGAAAGAGUUUUUGGUUUUUUGAGUUGCUUCGCAAGACGAAUUUCCCAAUGGGCUUGCUUCGCAAGACGAAAACGUCUUGCAAGUUUGUUUCCUUUUUCUUAAAACCGUUAAUACCCAGGGUUUCCUAUGGGAAACCGUGCUUCGCAAGACGAAAAAUUUGCAAGACGAAAAAACUCGCAGAACGAAUUAAUUUCGUCUUGCGAGGCACCACUGUACUUACUAUAUGUAGGGUUUGGUGUCAGCGUUGCUUGUGCAGGUUCUUUGCUGUUCCCCUUGGCAACAUCUGAAGGCCCUGAUCUGCUAGACGCUGGGGUGGAUUACACCCCGCACCUUGCAGAGUCAGGCCCAGGCUGCCACCUGGCCCAGCGCUGGCGGCAGCUACAAGCAGUGGGCAAAAUGGGAGCCUCAGCAAUCACUCUCUCUUGCUGGAAACAAACCAGGACUGCUCCAAGAAAAUGCAGGUGGCAAAAAGGUAGGCUGCCUCUUGGUGGGAUGCCCCCUUACCUGGUUGUGAUUGGCCAAGCAGAUAGCCAGCCAAUCAGGAUUUCUUUUUUUAAAAAUAUUUCUUUUCUUUUCUUUUCACUUCCCUCUGUGACCUCCUAGCCCCCUGCUGUGCCCCCAUUUACAUAAUGUUCACCUGUGGCCCCCUUGGAUUAUCCUGGCCCCCCGGGGGCCAUAUGGCCCCCCAGUUGGGAAACACUGCUCUAGAAUUGUCGAUCAGAUGUGUGAGCUGUAUAAAAAAAGCAGUAAUAGCUGUGUGUAAACUUAGAGAACACAAACGAAGCCUUCCAAUGCAAUAUAAUUAUGCAAGAUGAAAGGAAUGCCCAGUGGGAAUGUUUACUUUAGAAAACAGUAAUGCUUUAUUUAAUACACAUAAUUAAACAGCUUUUUGAGUGAAAAAAAAAAUCUUCUUAUAACAGUGGCUGUAUAAUAAGAACCAGGUUCUGAUCUUGAUAAUUUGGUCCAUCUGUGCUGAAUUAAUUUAUGUUUACUACAGCCUUAGCAGAAGUACUUGAUUUUAAUUUACAUAACAUGAAAAGAACUGACCCAAGUAUCUGUUUAAAUAGAAACAGACUAGAUUGCACAAAUGAAGGGUGGGGCUUAGUACUUGACACUGAAGCAGAAACAAAAAUGUUGAAUGGAGCUUUGGUAAACCACUGUUGGUGACUACAACACAUAUUUUCAGCUCUUUUGGAGGAUAGCAUCAAAGGAACCUGAGAAUCGCAGAAUUGUAGAGUUGGAAGGGACCUCAAGGGUCAUCUAUAGCCAAAUCAUUGCAAUGGAGGAAUAUCAGCUAAAGAAUAUUUGACAGAUGGCCAUCCAACCUCUGUUUUAAAAUAUUGAAAGAGCGAGAGUCCACCACUUUCUGAGAUAGCCCGUUCUAUGCUCGAUCAGUUCUUACCGUCAGAAAGUUCUUCCAAAUGUUUAGUUGGAAUCUCCUUUCUUGAAACUUGAAUCCAUUGCUUUGGAUCCUACACUGGAUUUGCACAAUGUUAACCCAUUUUUUUUAGUUAUCAAAAGGCUUUCAUUUAAUGGAAUCAUAUUUUUGCCCCACCCCAAAUAUGUAAUGUUGACAGAAUGAAUAUUUGUAAUAUUGCAAUGCAAGUUAACGUGUAGUCGGUACAUUUCUUCUUUUUAAAGUGUGCACAUUAUAUUCUGCUUCUGAGAGAAGUAGACCUGUUACAUCAUUACCACCUUGUGUUGUGUCAAUGGGAAAGGAUGUAUAUAUUAGCACCUUUUAUGGGGGAGUAGGUUAAAUAUUAUUUUUUUUACAUUUAUGUCUCACAUUUCUUCCACCAUGGAUCCCAAGAUAGCAUACCAGUGGUUUCCUGUCACUUACCAGACCUGAUUUGCUUUUGCAACAUGGUGACUGCAAGUGCUAUAUGUGAGACUCAUCUGAGAUGUUCUCUAGUUGCACAUUUGAACAAGAACUUCUACAUAAUACUGCACCAAUGUGUAGUAUAUUCUUUGAAGACGUAGUUCUUCUAAGAUAGCAACAUACAGAACAAGCAUAGUAAGAGGCUGACUUUGAGAAGAUAGUGGGAACAAAUGCUAGGAGAAAGCAAGAAGCUGAAAGAUCUUUGCUUCAGAAAAAGACUAGGCAACAGUCCCCAAUUUACACUCAGAGAAUCUGUAUGCGAAUCUAGCUCAAAACUGGAAGAGAGGAGUUGAUAGAUGUUUGGAGCAGUUCUGAAGCUUUAUGUGAUGUCAAAAGACCUCCCCUUUCCCUUCAAUGCAGUGCUAGCUACUUAUAUAAUUUGGCUGCUUCAGUUAGCCACUUGGAUGCUUUUCUAGUAGACAUUGCAAGCGGUGAGCCAGAAACCUGGUGGAAUUGUUGAAAAGUAAAUGUAAUAAUUGAUCCACACACCCCUCCAGCAGAAGACAUCUUUGCAAUAUCUUAUGCUGUCUUUUAUGUUAUUUGUGUUUCUCGAUUAAGUAGCAAUCUUCAGUUAAAGAACAGAAUGGUGGUAAAAAUACUGUAACAGCAAAAAAUAUAGUGUUUUUAUGAAUUACCCCUUUUAGAAUGAGUUAUGGCCAGCGCAUAUGUGCACACUUAUUCUCUGCAAAUAUGACUUAUCUAAUUUGUUUUGCUUUCGGAACCAACUUUUAUUCAAAACAGCUUUCUUGAGCCUCUAUAAUAGUCUGUUUUUAAAACUUUGAUUUUUAGGUCGUAACUCAUUUAUGUGGAAGGGCGACAUGUUGUUUUGAAGUAUGACAGAAGUACUGAUGCUGUACCAGAGGCUAGAAAUAUUAAUGGCCAAAUCUAGGUGAGUGUACGUACCUUUGGCCGGAUGUUUCUCUUCACCACCUUCUGAACUUGCCUGAAUAGUUAAAAACCAUGCUCAAGGCGGCUUGCAACAUGAAAAUAAAUACAUAAUUACAAAUGUAGUAAAUAAAACACAUCGAAAAGUUCACAACCAAAUCAAACAAUUCAAAUAAAUCAUAAUAAGAUCUAAAAAGAAAUACAAAAAAUACAAUACAAUACAAUACAAGAAAUACAAAAAAAUAAUAUGAGUAACAGCAACAAAUACUAAACAAAUCCCCAGGCCAAAAGUCUGUUCAGCAGCCUCAACUUUUGUAGCUGGAGGUCCCAAGCCAGGUGGAAAUAGACCAGCAAAGCAAGGAGCAGGACUUCCAGGAUCUUAUUGUGAGUAAGAUCCAGUUAUGUCCACUCACUUGCAUAAAAUGAAGUAAUGCAACAGGACUUCCAAUUUACUCCUGGAGCAGAUUUGGGGGGAGGGGGGAAGGAGGACCGGGGAAUCCCACUGCCCCAGUGGGCACUCACUCAUGCCAUGUUGGAGCUCACCCUAUAAUGUAGUUUUCUACAAUACAUGCUUAUAUUCUGUCUUGACAUUGAUGAACAAUGGUCUUUCUUCUGCCAACUUUCUUUAAUGGUUUGGGUACAUAGUCAAUUUAUAUGUUAUUUGCAUGUUUGUUUUCAUUUCUCUUUUUGAAAUGCAUUCUCUUUUACUUUGGUUUUAGCAAUCACAUGGUCUUCUAAAGAAGUCAUGGGUAGCUGUUGUAGCUGUCCAGAUAAAGAAGCAGUCCCUGAUAACCAUCGAAACAAAUUCAAGGUAGGGUUUUGUCAGAUUAUGUGGUGGCAGGUUAGGGACAGAAAAUGUGAAAUCAGUUGGGCAAUUUGGAAAUGUUUGGAUUUUUCUUUCUCUCUUGGUGGACUUGCUUUUUAAGUAGAUAGGUUGUUCAAAAAUAAAUUAAGCCAUAGUAUUUGUAUUACAUAUAGUAACCGACUCUUGUCUAAUUACCACAGAGACAGCCUAGAUUUCUGUCUUCACAUCUCUUAGCAUUAUUAGCUAAAGAUAGUUAACCACCACUAAUAGCCAGUCUUGAGGGAGGGUGGAAAUAUAUGUGGCCUGCAUAGUCAUGGCCCCAUGUUAAGAGGAAAAUAAAAUACAUUUGAACUGUAUUAUAUCAGGAAGCCAAAUUUAUUUGUUAGUUUUAUAGAUUUAUUUUAUAGUUUUAAAUAUUUGUAAGAAAUAUUUGUUCAGUAGAGUUAGGUAAGGUACAUAACUGUGGCUUAAUAAAUUGAUGUUUGCUUUAAAUAUAUAGUAUCCAUUUUAUUUUAUAGGUUAUUAAUGUGGAUGAUGACGGUAAUGAGUUGGGUUCUGGUAUAAUGGAACUUACAGACACAGAACUAAUCUUGUAUACCCGUAAACGGGAUUCUGUCAAAUGGCAUUACCUCUGUCUGCGCCGUUAUGGCUACGAUUCCAAUCUCUUCUCAUUUGAAAGUGGUCGAAGAUGCCAAACUGGACCAGGUAUGUAUAAUAGCUUUUUGCUUGUUCCUAUAGAAGACCUAGAAAAGAGAAAGGGAGAGUAGUCACUAAACACCUGUAUUUUGAACAACAGUUGGUCUAAAUUAAAACAAACAGACAAAAAACCUCCCCUGCAUUUUAAUGAAAUCCAGGUUAGUACUUCCUACCUUUCUGAAAUCAGAAAAGGAUUUAUUCAGAUCACCAAGUAGGAACCUUAAAAUGAUCAAUCAUCACUUAAUACUUCAACAUGCUAGUAAGACCUCUGCAGUGAACCAUAUCUUACCUGUCUGAGAAUAUCCUGACUUGUAUAAAAUGGAGCUACUUGGUUCACUCAGGGAAAUUGCACUAGCCUUGUAGUUUACUUUGACCUUCUGACCAUCUUGCCAUACUUCUGAAAUACCCCUCACUUUCUAAAUCAACUUCCCCUGUAGCAUGGAAACACAGAAACUGGGUUGUUUUUGUUGGGGUAUUUUUUGGGAGGUACUAGUGCUGGUGGUGGAAGAUAUUGGAUUACAAUCGUGUGUCAGAGACCAGUCAAUUGCAUAUUGAACAUAUUGCAGCACUUAUGCCAAAAACUUGGAUAGAUUGCUUGUUUUCUUUAAAAUAUGAAUAGCCUACCUUUGUGCCUCAGGGCCUCCAAAACUACUUACAAUAAUAGAAUAUCAACAUACAAGAAAGCAGUUGGACAGAAGUUUAACUGAAGGAGUAUAACAAGAUUGCAGAGAAGCUAAUGGAUGUUUGAUAUCAUUCUUGGCUAUUUAGUACAUAUCCACACCUGAAUCAGGGUUUUUUGGGAAGGGGGAUUAGAAGGGAAAUAGAGGUGACAAGAUAUGGAAACUUGACAAAAAAUUAACAACCCUCUUAAAGAGGUCAGAUGUGAUAUUACUGAUGAUCUAAAAAUAAUAGGCAGAGAACUUGUCACUAAAAAUGGGCCUCCUUGCUAGAGAAGUGGAAGGAAGCCAAUGCCACACAUUUUAAAAAGGGAACCAAUGGACAGCCAGGAAAUUACAGGCUUAUUAGCCAAACCUCCAUCCCAAGUAAAUUGGUUGAAGGCAUAAUUAAACCUAGACUUAUUAAACAUGCUGAGUGGAAGCCAGCAUUGCACAAGCAGACUUCUUUUUGCACAAAAGGACCUCACUUUUAUUUUCUCUCUCCUGCGUGUCCUCCAAAUCUGCUCCAGAGGGCUGGGGAAGUCUCUGAAGCAAAUGGGAGUAUGCUGGUGGGAGGAGUGGAAGGUGGAGGCUCGUUUUGUGAGCAGAAGUCCAUGCAUGGGCACCAUUGGAUACAAUCCAUAGAAGAACAUAUUUGAGGAAGAAUCAGUACUGUAUGGCUUCUGAAAAAGGAAGUACUCUCAAAGCUUUGGUGUGCUUUGGCAAAUAUGUAGAUAAUCCAAUUGACAUGGUAUACUUGGGAAUUCCAAAAAGCCCUUUACAAUAUCCCUCUUCGAAAGUGCUUAACUUUUUAGAUUUUACAUUUAUAUCCUACCUUUCCUCUAAGAUGCUUAUGAUUCUCUUCCUUCCCAUUUAUCCUAGCAACAAUCAUAUACUAUAAUAUUUGGUGAUGGCUAUUGUUUUACAUUGCUUUUAAGAACCACUUCAUGGAUGCUAGUUGUGCCAUUGGCUAUUCUCCACACUGAAAGAUGCUCAGUUGUUGGGGAGAAAUAGGAGAGGGUUGCUGCUUUCAUGCCUUGUUUGUGGGUUUGAUUGAGUUUUGGAACUCACAUAAAUUGCCUUAUGUAAAUCGCAUCUCAGCUCUAACCUCUCCCCUAAAACUUUGGUAUGGAUGAGUGAUAUAAAUUGGAAACAUUUGUAAAUCCUCAAAAGUGCAGCGCCAUUUUUAUUGCUCAUGAUGGUUUGGUUUGUUUGUACUAAAAUUUAUCAGAAGAAUCUUCAACCAUUCUUGGUUAAUGUUUGAAAGCAAGUAUAUGUAUUUGGAGACAACUGUUUAACAAUGCUUUAGAUCCCCACUUAAUCCUCAUUAAGUAUUACUAAAUGUGGCAGAAUGAAGUGUCUUUAUAUGGUUUGUUUUCUGUAACUACCAAAAAUUAUCCUCCUUCUCUCCAGCCUGUUGUGUAAGCAUCACUGUUCCGACCUGUGUGAGGGACUGUGUUUAUUUGUGGUGUUAAGUGUUGCUCGAUUUAAUAGCAAUCAUAAGGAGAACAAUUUAAUUUCCCAACAGUGUAGUGUAUAUUUAAGGUACCCAAACAUUAUGAGCUACAGCUUCACAGUGUCGUCUCUAGUUGGUGGGCCAUGAAAGCAUUUUCAAAGGUCGUAUCAGUUGAACCAUAAUUCUUAAAAUGCAAAGCAGACCUCCAUAAAAAAGAAGAUAUCUACCAAAUAACAGUGGAAUGCCAAAAAUCUUACAAUUAUAUUCUAUUCAGAAAGUGGUCACAAGUACAUAGAUUCAACUUUUAGAUCAACUUCUCUUGAAGCAGGCAUAAAGAAUUGCUGUGGGGAAUGAGCAUCUUCUCAAUCAGUUCAGUUAUGGCUGUUUUCCUAUGUGCCCCCUGAUUCCUAAUGAGGUUCAGAUGACACUAUUGGUUGCUACUGGGAAAAGUCACAUUCUCUCCCCCCCCCCCAACAAAGUAGUAUUGUGUUCCAUAAAGCAUAUUUAGGAUUGUCAUGACAGUUGCAUUAAUACAACUUGUUUCUAUAUAACAGGUUAAUAUGUUAGUUAACCAAAAGCAUUGCUGUAAAACCUGUGUUUUGGGUGUCCCUCAGUGAGAGCAUCAGUAAUGGUGGUAGGCUUUCCUAUAAAAUAACCUGCUAGUCAUUUCCUAAAAUGCAGGGACAAAGAGGAAUUUGAUUUUUGAAAAAUGUUUCUAAAUUCAAAAGUCAGUAUUCAAAACAAUGCUUUGUAUCCACUGAAGUUUACCUUUUAGUGCCAGGGCUUCUGCAUUUUGCAAUGGAGCUCCAGCUCCUUUUCCCAUGUGUGCUCCAAAUCUGUUUGGGGGUUGCCUCAACCCUCAGGAGCAGAUUUGGGAGAGGAAAAGGAAAGAAAGUUGCAAUGCCAGGUGGAAGUCCUUACGUUAGUGGGACAACUGGGUUGGAUACAACCCACAGUUUCACAGAUGUUAAAGGAUAUAAUUAGAUGAGUGUACUGUGUACCAGUUAUACCACAGAAGAAUGUUGGAUGAGUUAUAGGGCUUGUGUUUAGUUCAUGCCUCUGCAGAUGUUCAGGGCAAGUGCUUAGGGUUCGUCAGUAGAUGUUCAGUUGGGAAAGAAUUGUCUGUUGUCUGAAGACAGAAAGUUCAAAAGCUGUUGCAAUAAAAUACAAGAGCUUCCAGUGUUUCAUAGUCAGAGCAGAACCAUUGAAAUGGACUUGAGUAAUUUUAUUGAUGUUGGUAGGUCUGCUCCAGUGUUUCCCAGACUUGGGUCUCCAGCUGUUUUCUGACUACAUCCCUGACCUAGGUCCUGCUAGCUAGCUUGUAGUCCAAAAACAGCUGGAGACCCAAGUUUGGGAAACACUGGUCUACUCUAAGUAUGGCUAACAUUGACCAUGAACCACUAAUUGUACUCAAAGCUCAUUAAGAAUAGGAUUCCAUAUCUGUUGUGGACAAAUUUUGGUGUAUUCAUUAUUUUAUUUAGCAGCUACCUUGGAAAAAUAUGGACUUUUUGUAGCACUGUGGAUCACAGUCCAUUUAGUCUGAAGCAUUCUCUGAAUAGGUUUUAUAGCAUAAAUGAGUUGUUGAGCACAAGUGGUAGACAACUGUGGAGAUGAUGCCAAAUUUAGUUGAUGAAUAAAUACAUGAAUAUUUGAGAGUGUGCAUGACACAAUUAGAUACUGUCUAGAAAUUUUUUUGUUAUUAUAUUUGAAUUUUGCUCAAGGUACUCCUGCUCUUAACACACAACCAAUUUACUAAAAUUUUCAGGUUUUACAAUCUGCUACCACACCUAAUUGUGUUGGCUGAAACAGAGUAGUGGACAAUAGUGUUGAUAUGUUAGAUAAGCUAAAGCUCAGCAGUAGCAAAAACACAUACUUGUUAACAAGAAUGUCAACUUUAACUUAAUGCUUUCAAUGGAAGAAUAAUCCAAAGCUGCCAACUGCACUGGUUCUCUUUGCUGAUGAUGGUAAGUUGGGCUCCCUCUGCUGUCAAAAGACAAAGUGGAACAAUACUAGAGGAAAAUCCAUGGUAUUGUCUACUUUGUUUCUGUGUCUAUCCUUGAGACCAAAACCAAAUUGGCUUUGUCUGUAUCACCCAAAUCUGUUUUAUAUUCCUUCUUCCCUUAACCUUCACAUAAACUUGUACCCUUUGUCAGAUCCUUCUUACCUCUUUGUAUAGGAAUUUUAUAUUGAUUUUGUUACAAAUAUCGAGCAGAAAAUCUGAAAUACAAUUUUGCUGCAGCAAAACCGUGCUCUUUCAGGGACUACUGCUUACCAAUAAAGUUUUGUUUCCUGAAUUUUCUCUCUCUGGUUAUUGUUGCUUUAUCCGCAUUACCUUUUGUUUAAAUCUGUGAUCAUGAGUAAUUUAAAACUUUUCAGUAUAUAUAUAAAAGGGGUUUAACAUAAUUUAGUUUGAUAGGUCUUUUUUUAUUAACAGGUAUGUGCUUAAAUGGACUGUACAACACCUGUUAUUGGAAGCUUACUUUAUUCAUUAAAGGUAUCUAACAGAUUCUAUGUUGUUGUAGGAAUAUUUGCCUUCAAGUGUGCUCGUGCAGAAGAAUUAUUUAAUAUGUUGCAAGAGAUCAUGCAGAAUAAUAGUAUAAAUGUGGUUGAGGAGCCUGUAGUAGAAAGGAAUCCACAUCAAACAGAGAUGGACGUUCCAAGAACACCCCGCACACCUACCAGUAAGUUUCUUUUUUCUGAGUGUUGAAUAUGACACUUGAGCUCACUUGCCAUGUUCUCAUUUGAAGUGUCUUAAAAUUCAUCAUAAGAUUUAGACCUCAUCGAUUUCAGAUGGUGAAUAUCUGCUAUUAUUUCCCAAGCAUCCAUGCAUGCUAAUUGGUUGUUACAGCAAAUAAUAAAAGAGCGCCAUUCAAUACAAUAGGGUAACUGGAUUUUCUUUUUAAUCAGCACCUGGGUUGAGUGGGCAGAGUCUACCCAAUGGGUAUCCAAGGUAUCCUUCCUAUGGAGAUGCUUCAUCACAUCCCUCCAGCAGACACCCUUCCGUAGGGAGUGCCCGUCUUCCUUCAGUAGGCGAAGAGUCAACACAUCCCCUGCUUGUAGCAGAGGAGCAAGUAAGUGAUUUGGGGUUUGACUUCACAGUUGUCAUUGUUGUUUAGUCGUUUAGUCGUGUCCGACUCUUCGUGACCCCAUGGACUAGAGCACGCCAGUUGUCAUAUCCCAGUCUUAAUUCUCUUCCGCUUUCUCAUGAUUGCUGUGAUAGUAUAAAUUUCUAUUGAAAUUGUUGCCAGUCUUGUUCUCUACGGUAGAAGUGCUCUGAAGCAGGUUUCUGGACUGAGUUCAUGUUGCCUUGUACCUACCCCUUUGGGAUAUGACGGAAAAUGUGGUCAUAAGGAAAAAUGGAGUAAGACAAUGUGUGAAGUAGCCAUGUGACCCCACAGCUGACACGCUAUUCUGUCUUUUGCAGGUCCAUACAUAUGUGAAUACAACAGGUGUACAGGAGGAAAGAAAAAACAGGCCAAGUGUGCGUACACCUCUGGAGCGAAGGGUUUCUAAUGCAGAAACAAGCAAGGCAAGGGAAGAUGAAACUUGUCCAGAUGAUAGAGAUGCCCAGGUCGUACUGGAACCUGAAGGAGUCAAAUUUGUUUUGGGUCCAACGCCUGUCCAGAGGCAGUUAAUGGAAAAAGAAAAAACUGAAUCCAGUGGGAACAGUACUCAAGGUGGUGGAAACAGUACUGAAACUAGUGCCAACAGUACUCAAGCUAGCGCGAGUAGUAACAAUGAAUGGGACACUGGGUACGACAGUGACGAACGCAAAGAAGUUUCCUCUGGUAACAAAAUAGCGUAUGAAAAUGUAAAUAGGUUGUCUAUUCCUGGUGCCCCAGGACUCAGGAGAGGUCGUCUGAUAUCAUCCAGUACCUCUGAUACCCAGAAUAUCAACAAUUCCGCUCAGAGGAGAACUGCAUUGCUAAAUUAUGAAAACCUGCCAUCUUUGCCUCCAGUUUGGGAAGCCCACAAGUUAAGUAAAGAGGAGGAUGACAGUUUAGGACCAAAGACACCAUCUCUGAAUGGCUAUCACAAUAAUUUAGACCCCAUGCAUAAUUAUGUCAAUACAGAGAAUGUGACGGUGCCAUCAAGUGCUCACAAAGUAGAAUAUGCAAGACGCCGGGACUGUACCCCAACGGUCUUUAACUUUGAUAUUAGGCGACCAAGUUCAGAACACAGGCAGCUCAAUUAUAUACAGGUUGAUUUGGAAGGUGGCAGUGACUCUGACAACCCUCAGACUCCAAAAACUCCUACCACGCCACUUCCACAGACUCCAACCAGGCGCACAGAGCUGUAUGCUGUGAUAGACAUUGAAAGAACAGCUGCUAUGUCAAGCUUGCAGAAAGCACUGCCACGUGACGACGGUACUUCUAGGAAAACUAGACAUAAUAGUACUGACCUGCCUAUGUGAGCCUGGAAAGCAUUAGUUAAAUCAUUUGCACCUUUUUGAAGUUUUUUUUAAAAUGAAUGCUCUGUUUUGAUUUUUAAAUGCUACACCACAUGUUAUAGAUCGAUAGAUUUUUUCUGAAUGCUUCAUGUCAUGUGCUUAUUUAAAGGGAAUUUAAGAUAGAAAGAGUAUUGAAUAACACUGUUUCAUUUUACAAUGGUAGUUAACAGCUUUCAGACAGUGUUGCCAUCUUCUUAUAGUGCCUAUUGCAUUGGCUGAAAGUUGGAUAACAUGCCAGUUCUGGCAGACUUGGCCAUGUGCCUAAAGUCACUGAAGGCAUUAUGACACUUUUUUUAAUGCCUCCUGAAACUUCAUAUUAACAAGCAGGUCAGUAUUUUCUCUCAUAGCAUAGGCCUGUAGAUUCACAUAUUCCAGUUGAAUUUAUGGCAUCAUGUGGCAUCAACGAGAGAGAUUCUGGUCAGUUUGGGUUGAGCCAUAACAGGGUACAAAUUCCUUUUAUCUAGCAUGUGUGGGCUUAAUGAUGGUCUGGCACAUAAAUCAGUGCUUAGUUGAUGGGAGAGGAUGACAGGCAGCUGUCAUCCUCUAAAGCCCUUCCAGUAGGAGCAGCUUGUGACGGUCCUGCACUGUGUAAAUCUAUUAAUAAAGUCAAUUACUAAAUUUGAAAUUUUAAUACUGAGUAGAGUGCCAUUACUUACGAGUGGCUGACUUGGGAGGGAUGAAAUCAGCAGUUUCAUAAAUAUAUUAGAGUAUCAUUUAGCACUUGGUUUCAGUCCUUGAAAUAAUGACCAGAUGCACUUUAAAACCACUGACCAUAAAUCCAGCAGGUAGUAAUUUUUUAAAAAUGCUGUUUUGUCACAGAUUCAUUUGCACUUCAGAAAGACACUGUGUUGCAGUUCAAGGUUUUGUUUUUUGCUUUUUGCUUUGUCAAAUCAAAAGUAGCAGUGACUAAUCUGAAGAAAGUGUACCAUUUAGCAGGGAAGUAAGAUAAACUCACACUUUUUUGUGUGUAAAGGUGGCAUAAAGAAUAUGGUAUGGUACUGUAUUGAUAAAGAGCUAUAAAUUGUUUUUGGCCAGGAUGCAGUGGAUGGCAUUCCUGACUUUACUUUCUGUUGGAGCCCUCUUUGUCCCAUUAUGCCCCCCACCCCACAAAGGGCUGCUCCCAGAAACCUAUUGAGAGCAACAUCCCAUGCAGCUGAAAGAAAAAAAUCAGCAACCGUUCCAUGUAGAUGCAGAAUCACUAUCUGCUGCGGUUGCACAGAGCUCUUUGGAUUCCAACUUAGAUUUGUUUCUUCAGACCAUCCUGAGAAAAGAGCUUCAGGAUUGACUUGCCACUGUCGCAUGCGAGAGGUCACACCAGGGUUCUCUUUACGUCAGUGUUCCCUUUCAUCACAAUCUGAAAUUGGCCUUGGCUUAGAUCCACUACAGACUUCCAAGUGGCAGCUUCAGGUUUUUCCUGUACAGUUGUACAGAUAUUUGUGAAGUAAUUCGCAAUUACAUUUAAUGUAUGGUCAGAUCUUUCCAUUCUGUAAAAUGUCUUUGCUCUUUCUUGCUUUUCAUUUUGCGUCGCCAUCUCUCCUAUACAGCCUUUAAGUUGCAUACUGUUAAUUCUGUACAUAGCUCUUGUUCAUUGUAUUUUAUAUGUUGCCUUUUGUUCAAUUUCCAUGUUGUUAUGGGAAAGCUUUUGGGGAGGCUCACGUAUAAUAUUGUCCCUUAUCAGAAAGGCCUUCUUUACUUGCACAAAUGGAAUGGUGCAUUAUAGAUGUUUGAGUACAAACAGUUCCCUGGCACCUUAGAGAGGGGCGUAUAGAGAUGUGAGCAUGUAUUGGCUUCUUCCAGAUAACAUUUGCAGGUCAAUGUAGCAGUCAGAAUGCUGGGCUUGAAAAGAUCCUAUGCUUUACCAAAACAAGCCGGUAAAGUGGUUGAACAAGUAAUAGUUUGCUUGAGUUGGAUAAGGGCCACAGCUCAGUGGUAGAACACAUGCUUCGCUUGCAGAAGGUGCCAGGUUCAAUCCCUAACAUUUCCAGAUAGGUCUUGUCUGAAACCUUGCAUAGCCGCUCCAGUUCAUGCUGUCAGUGCUGAGCUAGAUGGACCAAUAAUGUGACUUUUGGUAUAAGGCAGCUUCCUAUGUUCCUGUCUGCAUCUGGGUUCUGUGAAACAGAGAUCCCAGUCCUAAACAUCUGCAAUGGGGUAUCUGCCUAGGCUUCUAAGCAUGAAAUCCUUUCAGUGCUGCCAUAAUGUGCUUUUUGUGAUAUGGUUCUGUUAUUGACAUCAGUGUGUUCCAUCAUAAGUUUUGUUUGUCAGCAGAGUAAGUCUUUGAAUGGAGGAGCUACUGAAUAUGCAGAGAAUAUCUGGAAGUAAUAUCUCUGGAUAUAUAAAUGUAACCCUUUUUGUUUGCUAGUUUAACUAUCACUGAAUAUUCCCGGUAUGUCUGGCAUCUGCUGAUCUUCCCUGGUAAAUUUAUCCAGUCGUUCCUCAGUUUCACAGUAAAAGAAGCUUGCAAAGCAACACCACAGCAACACAGAGUAGCUGAGCCUGCAAUUGCAAAGGAAAAAAUAGCUGUUAAAAAUUGGUGUGAUACCAUGGAGAGAUCUAACAAUUUCAAGACAUUUUAAAGGAUCCUGGGGGCAGGGGUGGGAUUCUGGUGUGUUUUCCUCACCAGAAAAAGAAUUCCAGAAGUUAUGUAAAAAAUGGAAAUAUAUAUAUAUAUAAGCGUACUAUCUUAUCAAACAUAAACUUUCCUUCUUUAAAAACACAAAAUGUAGUAUGUUUUAGAACAUAUUGGUACUGUUUAGUUUAUUUAUGAAAUUUAAAGUUAUAAACAUCUUUAUUUUAUUUAAACAAUAAUUGCAAAUCUAUCCAGGGUUAGGGUGUAGCAGUUUAAAAUUCCAUGUCGAAGGUACCUUGCCAAUGUUCACUUGGAAAAAUAAGGAAAAAAUGAAAUGAAAUACAGUAUUGAAGCGAUCAAUAUUGUAGUAAACAAAGGAAAGCAUGGGCUUAAAAUAGUAUUGUAAACUUAAAUAUUUUCAUGCGGAAACAGAAUAUGCUAUAUUUUAAGAGAGAAGCUCUGGAAGUACACUUUCCUAUAAUAAAAUAGCAGAUUUACAUUUGGAUAGUCUGUUAAUAAUAUAUUAUAGGGUUAUUAUACUUAAACAGUUACUAUACUUGGAAUCCAGAUCCAUGCAAAGUUACAGACCAGCUCUAACCCCCUGAUCUGUGCUGUAAAAGGGAUUAUAAUAUGGUGGAGGUAUCCCAUCUUCCAGGCUCCACCAGUGGAUGGGCCUAGCUGCUGAAAUGGUGAUGAAUGAGUAGUUAAUGCUAGUGGUGUUUCUGCUGUUAAUACCAAGGGUAGGAUGCCCAAACCAGGACAUUGCUAGAGGGAAGGGGGAGGCACAGCUAGCAAAGUAGCUUAAAAAUUAAAAUCCUGUCUUCCACUCUGGUCAAUUCUGUGCUCUGCCGUGUUCCUACCUGGGCAGGGUUAAGAUUUCUCUGUUAAUUGGCUUGAGCGUCACUGAAUUCAGUGGAAUUUGCUUUUGAGUAAACAUGCAUAGGAACAGCUGAAGCAUUCACUGGAACUGCAGAGAAAAUUAUCUCUCCUGAACAGUUACUUGUUUUAUUUAUAGCCCAUAUGAUCUCAGUAAAUAUAAUUGCAGAUAGUAGCAUAACUUUGUUUUUUUUUGCUCUGAAAGAUCCAUAGGUUCUGAAUCUAUAAACUUUCAAUUGGAACUUCAUGGACUUCAAACAAGGACCAAUUUCCUGUGAAUUUUGAAUUAAGUCUUAGUGUGUUGCUUUUCCGAUCAUAGCAGCAGUGAUUUAUCACUAACAUUUACUACCUUGGUCUGAGAGAUUUUCAACACUGUGAACUGACUGCAUAGUGAUUUUACUUUAAAACUGGUUUUUAAAAAGUAUUUUCCUCAUUCUGAAAGAAAAUGCUGCAUACUUUUUUUCUAUGUUUCCCAAAACUUUCUUGUAGAUGAGAAACUAACAUACAGGAAAAAUGCAUAUAAUUCAGGUUUUUUUCUUUUGGGCUGUCACGUCUCUAUAUACAUUUCCUUCAAAUUGAACAAAACUAUGUUAACAGAUCAAUAUUUUUUUUUUAAAAAAGCUAAGUGUCUUCCAAAAAAGUUGAGUUCCAUACACAAACCCUCC